AUGGCCAAUAUGGACGGCUACGAUGCGAUGGCGCUGCCGUACAUGGGCUCGCCGCUGCCCGCGAUCUCGCACGGCGACUUCAUGGCCCCGAUGGCGCCCAUGGAGAUGCCGCAGCCCUCGCCCUACGACGAGGCGUUUCCCAGUGCCGACGAGAUGAGCUACUCGCAGCAGCCGAUGAUGCGGCGGUUCUCGAGCAGCCAGUUCGAGGAGCCCUUCCCUGAGAUCGCAGACAUGAUUCCCGCGGCGCCGUUUGAUGUCGACAUGCAGCAGCAGCAGCAGCAGCAUCAGGUACAGCAUCGGCAGCAGAUACAACCCCAGCAGCAGCAGCAACAACAACUUCAACCACAGCAAGGACAAGGGACGGAGGAGGACUCGAUAGACCACGGCCACAAGCUGCUGUCCUUCUCGGUGCCGGCAUACAACUUUACUCUACUGGACUACUCGCUACGACGGACCUCGCUGAACAUGACGGCGCAGCUACACGGGAUGUUCUUCCUGGCCGAAUCGAGCUGGUCGGCCUCUCCCGGCGGCGACACACCAGUGACCGUCAACACGGCCGCCGCACCCGCCGUAGGGAUGGGCAUGGGAGUGGGCGUGGGCGUUGGACCGGCGGAGCUGACCUGCUACCGGCGGAAUCUGUUCCAGAUCACAGGCUCGGUGACGCUGCCGCGGACACUGCGGUAUAUCAUGACGGAACAGGGCGACCGCAUACCGAUUCUGGCGCAGGAACUGACGGUCUCCGCCACGGAGUCGGUGGAAGGCAACCCGGUCAAAAUCAUCUCGGUGCCGUGGAAGACUCCGGCGGGCGGUGCUUCCGCCAAUGCAUCGGGGAGUGCUGGCGGCGGUAGUGCCGGCGGCAUGGUAGAAGACAAGACGGAAAAGGAGCCUGCGCCGGUCGUGCUGGAUACCAUGGGCGGGCAGGACGCAGACGCAGACUUUGCUACCUUCUCGAUUGCGUGGAAGCGGCUGCAGUUCCGGAUAGCGACCGCCAACAACGGGCGGCGGCGGGAGCUGCAGCAGCAUUUUGUGCUGAGGCUGAAGAUCGUGGCGACGCUGUCGACGGGCGCGAAGAUCUCGAUAUGCGAGAGCCAGUCGGGCCCGAUCAUCGUGCGAGGCCGGAGUCCGCGCAAUUUCCAGUCGAGAAAGGAUGUGCCCCUGAGCGGCAGCGCGGCGGCCUCGAGGAAGAACACGCAGGCCGCAGCUCUCGCGCGGGCCAGCGCAGGCACUCCCAGCGCCCAUAAUGCCGGGAGUGCAACAGUCAAGAGGACUUCGCCGGUCAAGACGGAGGAGAGGGCGGCCGUUACGUCUGAUUCCGCGGCGGCGGCGGCGGCGGAGGAGGAGGAGGAGGAGGAGAGCCGGUCGAGCAAGCGACGACGGCUGAGCUCCGGGAUCCCGCCCAUCACGCUGACCUUCAACGACGAGGAGGCCAGCUCGCCGCACUCGCUCCCUAUCCCCGAGCUGGAGCAGCAGCUGGAGCAGCCCGAGCGGAAGAGAUCUGCAUCCCAUUACAACGGCCACCACCGUCACCAACACCCCCUGAACGAGCAGCACCAACACCAACACCAGCACCAAAGUAGCCACCAAAGUAGCCACCAAAGUAGCCACCAAAGUAGCCACCUUCCGGCUAUCAUGGGCGAGGCGGAGGACAGGGCCGACGUGCUGUACGAGUACUUCCCGCUGGCGCUGGAGGAGUGGCAGACGCCCGUCGACGCCGUCUACCGGCCGCACGUCGUCCACCACACCGCGCUGGCCGCCCGCCGGAGCAGAGUCUACUUUGAAUCAUAGCAUCCCGAGCAACCCACAUCUGCGUUCUCUUGCUGUUCUGUACAUAUCAAAAUAGCUAAUCAAUAUCUAUCCUGUUUGCCUGCCAACACCCCCUGAAGCCGCCCGCUGCGACACUACGCAACACUAACGCUGCGACUGCGACUCUGGCUCGCCCAUGUUACAUCCUUACUAAGGCCAACCUUGCAAUGCUACUCGCCUGCGUCUAUGGAGCUGCAGUGCUAGUCGAUAAUGCGUAGUAUGCGUGCUCGCCGUGCUCUCUGUGUAUGUAUGUCGGCGGGCGUGCUGGGGGUGAUGUUGUAUGUCUCUCAACGCCCG